AGUUGAACGACGAUGUCGUUAGGUCAGAGGCAUGUAACGUUGUAGCCUAUAAGCUGACAUAAAAUCAAAACAAAAAACGACAAAGGCCAUCUUCGUGCUCUAUCCCCCGUCUCUCUCAGUCUCAAUAUUUGAUGCACACCAUUCUCCGAUUCGACUCGCCUUUCCCACUCCAUUACCCCUGGAAAUUAGUGACUAUUUAAAUCUUCAGACUGCAUUGCUCGACACCGACUUCUGCAUCUGUUGUUAAAUCCUCUGGAUGCAAAAUGGAUGAUGCCCGCCAACAUGAAAACGUUAGGCAUGCCAUGGACUACUACAGAGGAGCACAUUCCCCGUGGAGUAUGGCUCCCCAACAUCAAGUAAAGGAACCAAAUGCACUAGUUUUGAAUAAGAAAAUUAGGUCCAUUAUGGCUGAAAGGCGCAUUCUAGAACUAGAAGCUGCUAUAUCUGAAAAGAAUGAAGCCUUGGCUGCUCGAGAUGAGGCCCUUCGUCAGAGGGAUGAAGCACUUGCUCAGAGGGAUACUGCCCUACUGGAACGUGACAAUGCCCUUGCUGCCCUUCAAAAUUGGGACAAUGCUGUCAACUUCUCAUUAGGCAGUGGAAUUCAACGUGGAUCAAAGCGGAUGCACCAGUCCACUGACUAUCUAGGAAAUAUGACAGAAUCAUACAGUACAAAAGAUGUGCCAAUAACUGAUGCCUUCCCAGUGACUGUUGUUACUUCUGAAGCUGUCAAAUCUCAUCUGGCUAAGAAAACAAAAGAGAACAUGACAAUCACUUCUAAGGCGUCAAAGCCACCUAGCAAAGGAAAGAAAAUGAGUGAGGAUUUAAACAGGCAAGCUUCUUCUGAAGGGACGAAGAUCAAAUCAGAAUGGGACAGACAGGACGUUGGCUUGAAUUUACUUACCUUUGAUGAAACUACAAUGCCUGUCCCAGUUUGUACAUGCACUGGAGUAGCACGUCAGUGCUACAAAUGGGGGAAUGGUGGAUGGCAGUCAUCUUGUUGUACCACCACCUUGUCAAUGUAUCCACUGCCCCAGCUUCCAAACAAGCGUCAUGCCCGAAUUGGAGGGCGAAAGAUGAGUGGAAGUGUCUUUACAAGACUGCUUAGUAGGGUGGCAGCAGAAGGCCAUGAUUUAUCUAUACCAUUGGAUCUCAAGAAUUACUGGGCCAGACAUGGAACAAAUCGCUACAUUACUAUCAAGUAGCUUGCAGACAUUCUUUAUGGAGUUAUCUGUUCUAUUUUGAUCCCCCUCUAUCUGGCCCUUAAUUGAAAUAUGCCUUGAUAAGCAUGAUAUGCUUGAAUUUUGUUAAAAGCAGGCUUUUUUUUUCCUUUCUUUUUCCGUAGAAGGCUGGUUCCCUGGCUUAUUGUUGUAGUUACUGAUUUAGCUAAACCCAACUUCUAUCCCUGUAGAUGGGAUAGCUGUAAAGUACCGUCUAUGUAGAUGUUGCUUUCUAGAGAUGAGCAUAACCAAUGGGGUCUGCAUGUUUUCAACCUAACCUGUUCAUUAUGAAUCCGCUGCGUAG